AUGGGAUAUUGUGUCGUACUUCCCUUGCAAGCCCAGGGACAUACCUUCGCUGCAUCCCCUGGAACCACCCCUGCUGCGAAGGUGCGACGUGCUCGCCUGGCCCAACUAGCCCGAGCUGCAAAAAAGGCGGACACAGGCGCCACUCUAGUUUCCUUCCAAGCCCAAGAUGCCGCUUCACGCGCCAAAAUUAGUGCCGACACGUCCUCUGCCGCCGUCGUUGCCACCAAUGCUUCUGCUCCUGCGACUUCCGUUUCAUCUACCCCCUCCGACCCACGUUCCCAGCCCACUGGCUACACUAUCGUCUCGUUCAUCAAGCGCCGUCGGGCACAUAACGACCCGGAAUACACAUACAUCGCCAAAGUACGCACCGAACAAGGAAGCAUGGCCACGCACCUCUUCCGCGAAUCCGACCUACCCAACCGUGCGGUCUCCAUUUUCGAGGCAUAUGACGCCUACUGCAACACCUCACCUCCCCCUCUCCCGACAACGUACUCCGCGUGGCCCAAGAGCUAA